AUGGGAGUAAAAAAGAUAGAGAACGGAAAGUAUGGAAGAGUCGUAGAAGCAAGUCCAGAUCCAUUAAGAAUAACAUACAAAAGAGGAGCCAAGCAAAGCAGAAAAGAAGCUGCAGUGGACAAGAGCCACAAGAAGGCCUUUGGGAGUAAGACAAAGAUUAAGUUGUCGAAAUGCGUCUCGAUGUGGAAGAAUCCAACCAGCCAGAUUGUUUCGCUAGAGGCUAGAAUUGCCCACGACAGAUUCAAGACCAUUCAUCCAGAGAUAAACAUCAGGAGCUUUGAAGAGCUAAAGUCAUCACUAGAUAGUGCAGAGCAUCUUUACUUCCAGGAUAACAGGAAAGCAGGCAUCAAGGAGGAGAAAAUGGGGGGAAUAAAGGGGCUAGGCAAACAUCAGCCGCCCAAAUAA